AUGACCUCGGCGAAGGUGCUUUUCCCUCCCAAGAUCCACCACAGCGUGCUCGGCCCCGGCUUCCCCAAAGAUGAGCCGGCUCAGGGGAAGGCGAGCUUGGAGUCGCGCUACCACCUGGGAGCCUUGAUCGGCAGCGGCGGCUUCGGCACGGUGUACGCGGGGACGCGGCUCAGCGAUUCCCUCCCGGUGGCCAUUAAGUACGUUGCCAAGGAACGAAUCUUGCAGUUUCACCAUAUGAAUGGCACCCUGGUCCCGCUUGAAGUCCUGCUCCUGAAGAAGGUGUCGUCCACCGGUUGCCGAGGCAUUAUCCGCCUCCUGGACUGGUUUGAGGAACCUGACUCGUACUUCAUUGUCAUGGAGCGUCCCCUCGUGUAUCAGGACCUCUUUGAUGUCAUCACAGACCGGGGCCCGCUCCCCGAAACCUUGGCUGCCAGUUAUUUCAAGCAGGUGGUGGACGCGGUGCACCAUUGCCACGUAUGUGGCGUAUUGCACCGGGACAUCAAGGAUGAGAACAUCUUGGUAGACCUCCUGCACGGUGAACUGAAGCUCAUAGACUUUGGCUCUGGCGUCUUGCUUCGGGAUUCUCCGUAUACAGACUUUGAUGGUACCCGUGUGUACAGCCCUCCUGAAUGGAUAAAAUACCACCGGUACCAUGGCCUGCCCGCCACUGUGUGGUCGCUGGGCGUACUUCUCUAUGACAUGGUGUGUGGGGACAUCCCUUUUGAACGAGACGAAGAGAUCCUUCUUGGGAAACUCCACUAUCAUUGCAGGGUGUCUGCAGAAUGCCGUCACUUGAUUGAAUGGUGCCUCUCGCUGGUCCCAGAGAAGCGGCCAUCCCUGGAACAGAUCCUGGCGCACCCCUGGCUCCUCAACGCCCUGGAGCACAGCGGGCGCAAAGCGCAGCAGCAGCAGUCCACAGUCCCGAAAGCAGGCACCAGCCUGUGA